CCUGAGGGGGGCCUGCGGUGCUGGUCAGGUGCUCUGCGCUGAGGUGGCUUAAAGGUCAGGGACUGCUGGUUCGUUGGGGGGCGCCCCUUGCUGCCGCCGCCUCCCCGCUAUUGCCCCCGGUCUGCGGGAGGGAGCCCCCUCCAGGCCCUCCCUCCCAUUGCCCCAAGCAGAUGCGGACUGAGCGGAUCGCCGCGAGGAUUAUCUUACACUGAACUGAUCAAGUACUUUGAAAAUGACUUCAAAACUUCUCUGGGUGUCCUUCAUACUUGCUGCAUUGACACUUUCAAUUACAUUUUCUCUCCAACCAGACCAGCCAAAGGUUCUACUAGUUUCAUUUGAUGGAUUACGUUGGGAUUACUUAUACAGAGUUCCAACACCCCAUUUUCAUCAUGUUAUAAAAUAUGGUGUCCACGUGAAGCAAGUUACUAAUAUUUUCAUUACAAAGACCUACCCUAACCAUUAUACUUUGGUAACUGGCCUCUUUGCCGAGAAUCAUGGCAUUGUGGCAAAUGACAUGUUUGAUCCUGUUCUGAACAAAUCUUUCUCCUUGGAUAAUAUGAACAUUUAUGAUUCUGAGUUUUGGGAAGAAGCGACGCCAAUAUGGAUCACAAAUCAGAGGGCAGGACAUACGAGUGGUGCAGCCAUGUGGCCCGGAACAGAUGUCAAAAUACAUAAAAGCUUUCCUACUUACUAUAUGCCUUACAAUGAGUCCGUUUCAUUUGAAGAGAGAGUUGCCAAAAUUAUUGAUUGGUUUACAUCGAAAGAGCCCAUCAAUCUUGGUCUUCUCUAUUGGGAAGAACCUGAUGACAUGGGCCACCAUUUGGGACCAGACAGCCCACUCAUGGGGCCUGUCAUUUCAGAUAUUGACCAGAAGUUAGGGUAUCUCAUACGAAUGCUGAAAAAGGCAAAGUUGUGGAACAUUCUGAACCUAAUCAUCACAAGUGAUCACGGAAUGACGCAGUGUUCUGAGGAAAGGAUCAUAGAGCUUGACCAGUAUCUGGAUAAAGACCACUAUACCCUGAUUGACCAAUCGCCGGUGGCAGCCGUCUUGCCCAAAGAAGGCAAAUUUGAUGAGGUCUAUGAAGCACUAGCUCAUGCUCAUCCUAAUCUGACUGUUUACAAAAAAGAAGAGAUUCCAGAAAGAUGGCAUUACAAAUACAACAGUCGAAUUCAGCCAGUUCUCGCAGUGGCUGACGAAGGGUGGUAUAUUUUACGGAAUAAGUCAGAUGACUUUCUGUUAGGCAACCACGGUUAUGAUAAUGCAUUAGCAGAAAUGCAUCCCAUAUUUUUAGCCCACGGUCCUGCCUUCCGAAAGAAUUUCACAAAAGAAGCCAUGAACUCAACAGAUCUGUACCCCCUGCUCUGCCACCUCCUCAAUAUCACUGCAGUGCCGCACAACGGAUCACUCAGGAACGUCCAGGAUCUGCUGAGUUCACCAACUCCAAGAGCGAGUCCUUAUACACAGAGCCCUCCUCUCCUCCAUGGUAGUGUCAAACCAAGAGAAAAUGAACAAGAGGAGCCAUACGCUUCUUUCAUAGGGGUCUCUCUCGGUAGCAUUAUAGUUAUUGUGUUUUUAAUCAUUUUCAUUAAACAUUUAACUCGCAGUCAAAUACCUGCCUUACCAGAUUUUCAGGCUGAAAUAUCUCAACCAUUAUUACAAGCCUAAUGCUCCUUUGAUGUGGAGAUUGCAUAGUUAUGUCAGUGUUUAAAGGUUUCAAAUUCUAGGAAACCAGCUUCAAACAUUUGCACAGACCAUUAAGCAGUUACGUACAUGUGCAGAGGCAGUCUCACACACACACACACACACACUCAUGCACACCAUGCACGUGGACCAAAAUACACAUACCUGCAAAGGAUGAAAGAUGGGGAAGUAUGUUUCCAUUGUCCUCUCUGGCUUCUGGUAGGUAAGAUCCUGCUUUAUUUGGACUUGGCACAUACAAUGUAUAUAUUUAACAACUUUGCACUAUUUGAAGUACUUUACAUAUUGCACUUUAAAUUACUCUCCUAAUGGGUACGUUUAUGUGAAAUGCACUUUAUUGACAAUUACGUCUGAGAACUCGGUUGAAAAAGCCAACUUUUGCACCCAUGUCCCAGAAUACCUGUUAUUCCUUCUUCAAACGGAAUGAAAUUUCUAAUAAUUCCUGAAUACUGUAGAAAUCUAUCUAUUUUCUUAAAUUGGGAGAACAUGAAGAAAGUGAAAACUGUUGAAAAAUGAAAUGUGAUGACCUUGGAACAUUGAAUUUUGGAGAGAUGCAUUCCCAACAGCAGGGUGCACCUGUGGGCACUCCUUGUCAUAUUUCUUUCCAAUGGACAUGGGUUUUCAUUUUAUUUUUCCCCCCAAAAAAGAGAUCCAAAUACUGACGGAUUCAUUCCAGGUAUGUUGUUUCCAUCGUGAAAUUCAUUAUUGCUGUUUCCUGAUUAGUCAUUUUACUCUGAUUUUAAUAGUAAGACACCGUGAGACCUCUACUCUGUAGGCUUGAAAAAAAAAAAAAGACACCAUGAAUAUACGUUUCUUUCCUCUCGAGUCUAGCACUGGUCUGAGUAGCACCAUCUCAGCAAUAUUUUCUCUUGCUCUGUAAUUAUUUGCUUCCUUGAAAACUAAAUCACUAUUAAUCGCAUUAAAAAAUCAGAUUAGAUAAAACAAUGUUUUCUUUCUGGUAAUCUGUAGUGACAGAGCACAAGCAUCUUUUCUAUUUCAGCAUUUGAAGGUCCAGAAUUGCAAGAGAGCACAAACUACAUUAGGGAAAAUGUAGGCCACGCAAUCCUUGAAAAGAACCGUGUGGAGCUUGGGGGGAAAAAAAUUAGAAAGAAACUUGGGGAAAAAAAUUAGGCAGGACCAUUGUUGUUUGCAAUGUACCCAGGACAAUGCGAAAGGGUGCCUGGUGGCAAAAAAUAGUGAAACUCCUAGAGGUAACAGGUAAUUGAAACAAGAGGAGCUGAGAUUAUAGCCUUGUUUCCUGAAAUAUCUGAAUAUCCACUCACCAAAUGCUCAGUGGAAUCAAAGAUGAAUCCAGGUUCACAAAUAGACUUUACCUCCUGGGUAGGUUUUUUCACCUGCCUGGUCAUCUCAGCUCCCCAAUCCCACCAUGGAAAGCUGUGCCUUAGAUCUCUUAAGUAGGCUGGUUAGGGAGAGGGUAGCGUUACCUAUGGUUUCUUAGAGGAAAGAGGAAGCCCUGGAAAGAAUAGCUUUCCUUGAAGAAAAUAGAAACCAGUUUAUAGACACGUGGCGCAUAGAAAAUACUGUGAUUUUGUGUAUAUUUAUGCACCAACUCGCUAAAAGUAGGUAAAGUGGUAAAUGUAUUCCAGAAAGGAUAAACUAGAUGUAAAGAACAAAAGUGGCAUAGUGAAAAAUAAAAUUGAAGUGCUUCCUAAAAUCAGGUGAAUGAAUUAUUUUUAAAUGAUGAUACCAGUAAACAAUGUUAGCACUUAAUUCUCAUGUCAUUAAUACAACCUCUAAAUGGGAUAGAAUGGAAUCGCUGGAAAUGUACUAUAGAUUAAAAAGCUGAGAAGUGAGAUGGUAGAUACCAAACUCCUCAAGAGGUCUGAACUCUGGAUUAGACAUUUUACGUGUGACCACUCGUGUUGGCUUGCUUUGUAGUGAUGAACUUAUCUGCGUUAUUGAGAUGCCAAUCUAAUGACUGAAAGAUGAAAUUGGUCUAUUUAAAAGCAUUAUUAUUCAAGUGUUAUCUGUAUAUUUAAACUAAUUGUUGCAUUAAAUUCAUUUUAGAGGGUGCUAUUACCUUAGUAGUAAGAAGAGAGUAGAUUCUGUAACACUGAUGAAAUCAUUAAAAUUCUGAUAUGAAGAUUUGAUUAUUGAAUGGUUUCCUUUAUCUACAGAUACUUAUUUUCCUGUAAAGUAUCAGCAGGAGAGUUUACCUGAAGGAAAAUAAAAUUUUAAACUUUGCUGGGGAAAUAUCUAGUCACUCAUCAUUUUUCGAUAGUUUCAUUGUUGUUUUGGUUUUAUCUGCAUGUCUGUGGUCAAACUUUGUAUGCAGUCAACACAAAUUAGCACAUAGAAAUAACAUGUAGACCAGCUAAUCUUCCUAACUGUAAGUAAGAACUUUUAAAAGUUCCGAGCAUGGAAUCCCCCCGUCACAACACUGACAUGUUUGCUUUACAUCCUCUGUCGGCUAUUUUGAAGUUGAUUAGUUGAUACGAUUUUUCUUGUUCAGCAUGUAUUUUGCAAUUUCUUCUCCCUUUGCCACCUGCUAUUUAAGUUGAAAAUUGCUUUUCAAAAUGCUUUCUGUCCUCUUAAGUAAAAUUAGGAUCGAUUCUAUUAUUAGUUUCAGUUUCUUACAAGAACCUAUUUCUAGAAAAUCUAUAGUUUUCUUUUUUUGAUGCUGUUUUUAUCAGGUUUGAUAUCAAUGUUAUAUUCACCUCAAAAACUCAUGCAUUUUUUUCUACAACACUAGUUUAAUGAAGCAAAUAUAACAGGGAUAAUCAAACCCAACCAAGGGGCACUAAAAAAGAUCAUUGCUUUGGGGGCCUGAAACUUUUUUGUAGAAUAGUUUAUAACUUUCUCAAUCUUUAAUUAAGAAAUUGGUUUUAAUUUUCUUUCUCUAUUGGAAUCAAUUUUAUUCAGCAAAUCUGGCAUCCAAACUUCAGGAAGCACAGGGCCUAGGAAAUGGUUCUGGAUCCAAGGAUCUUAGCCCAGGAGUUAAACCAUGAGUAGACAAAAGUAAUUUGUUAGUAUAAAGUUUUACCACUUUUGAAAUGCUACAGAACUCUCUUCCAAAGUAAAGUGCCUUUUUUUUUGUUUUCCCACAGUUCCUAGAAGUAUUCAAUGAAUGUCAAAAUAGGAAAUUAAUCACUGCUCUAUUAGAGGAAACUUUGUUGAAUCUAUAUUAGAAACGACAUUAAAUACUCUGGCUAUGUACAAAACAAAGUUUAAAUACUGUAAUCCCGCCCUCACCCCAAGUGUUUUGUAAUCACCUUUUUUCAAACUUCUUCCUGUCUACUGUAAGUCAAUAAAUUAUAGUUCUAGAAACUCUGCAAAAUUUAUCUUGGCUUUCCUUCCAGUGAUGUCCUUAUGUUGGAUUGCAUUAUUUAUACACUGCUUUAAAAAUUUGGUUAAAUGUUACAAACUUAAUCCUGGUUUUAAAAAAAUUGUAAUGAAUGCCUAGGUGGACUUUGCAGUAUUACUAAGUCAUGUCAACAUCUAUCACAGGAUGUAUAUUUUGCGAGAAGGUGACAAAUUAAAAAAUCAUCAAUGACAUCACAUUGUAUAUUGGAUAAUUAUGGUUAAAAUGUUUUGGUAGAUUUUAUUCACAUAAAAUUUUAAAAAUCAUAACAAAGUCAUAACUAUGAAUUCAAGCAAUAUGGUCAAAAUAUAUUUAACUUAAGGCACUACACACAAAUUUCUUUAAAGCACACUCAUGUCAUUUAUUUACAUAGUAUUUUAGGAAUUUACAAUAAAUACGCAUUUCCCAUCUCAUCUUUGUCCUUCAUUUGUAGCUUUAUAUACUCACAAUGAAGUAAAAACCUCCAAGUAAAAGGUAUUAAAUGCAAUUAUCCUUAAAGCUUACCAGAUAUGGGCAAGAGAACGAAAUACCCAAGAA